GGAGCACGAAGCCAUGAAUAUACGGUAUAUACCCAACCCCACUUAGAAAACAAAGUCUCAAGCUUUUCGCGUUCUGGGUGGGUUUUGAAUUUCGAAAGUGUUUUAGGGUUUUUCUGGGUCCAAUCAAAUCAAAUCAAUCAAUGGUGGUUGGAGUGUGACUGGGUUUUGUUUUGGGAAUCGUUAUGUUGGUUUUGAAACGUCAAGGCGCCGUUAACUACCUCACACACCCUUCAAAGCUCCGACCUUUAUUACCUCCUCCUCGUCUUCCUCCUCGAUUCACCUCUAUGGCCGCGUACUUGUACGGCCAUAACUGUAAGGGAUUCCACGCCCAAUCCCCGAUUCCUCAGCCGCCGCAGAAGCCCUGCUGGCCGUUGGAUCGACUCGCGUGGCGGAUUCGGAAUCAGAGUAGAGGUGAUUUGAGCGUCAAGUGUUGUGUUGGGAGUGAGAACAAAAGAUUGAAGAGUAAUGCUGUAAGGGACGUGGAUUUGGAGAUACGGAGAUCCGGGGAGGUUAGGUUUCCGGGGAGGAAGAUUAACGGGUUUCAUAGUCAGAGUUUGUUGGGGAGGGAGAAGAUUGUGGUGGCGGUUGAUGUGGAUGAGGUUCUGGGGAACUUUGUGUCGGCGCUCAACAGGUUCAUUGCUGAUCGUUACGCGGCGAACCAUUCGGUUUCGGAGUACCAUGUGUAUGAGUUCUUCAAGAUAUGGAAUUGUUCCCGUGAUGAAGCCGAUCUACGUGUUCACGAGUUCUUUAAAACACCAUAUUUCAAGACUGGGAUCCAUCCACUCCCUGGUGCUAAGGAGACACUUCAUAAGUUGUCAGGAUUUUGUAACCUGUCAGUUGUGACGUCUCGUCAGAAUGCAAUCAAGGACCAUACAAUUCAAUGGAUUGAAAGUCAUUUUCCAGGACUAUUUCAGGAGAUUCACUUUGGGAACCACUUUGCUCUACAUGGAGAAUCAAGGCCUAAGUCAGAAAUAUGCAGGUCUCUAGGAGCAACGGUUCUGAUUGAUGACAAUCCAAGAUAUGCACUUGAAUGUGCCGAAGUUGGGAUCAGGGUUCUACUUUUUGAUUUUGAGAACUCAUAUCCCUGGUGCAAGACCGAUUCUGUUGAUCUACAUCCCCUGGUGACCAAGGUUCAUAACUGGGAAGCAGUGGAGAAGCAAUUAAUGGCAUGGGUUACUUCGUAGGUUUUUUCUGACAUCUUACAAGAUUGAUCACUAGUUUGUCAUGAUACGUUGCGCUCAUUCUAAUGCUUGGCAAGCACCUCAUGGAAAAAAGCAAACCUGUAUUAGUCUUGAUUAAGAAGCUUUAUGAAGUCCAGGCAAAUAGGUUUGGUUUUUCUGGUGAAAACUGUCGUAGGAUAAUGAUGAGAGGUGAAGAAAAAAAAAACGAUUCCCUCUUCAGAGUCCCUUGGGACUAGUUCUCAGAUUGAUACUUAUGAUGGAAGGCGCACACUAAUGGUAUUUGCCAGAUAACACAAUGUCAACUGGUCUAGCCAGGACUGGUUUUUGUUC